UCUGUCAGCUGCAGGAAUGGGCUGCAAUAUACCCCCGAGUCACGUUAUCCCCGCAAUAGCUGCCAGGCUGAAAUAUUACGUUGAAGUGCAGAGAAAAGAAGCCGGCUUUGAUCUGUCUGUGAACCAGAGAGAUACAAUUGAAAAUUAUAAACUCUAUCAACUUCCAAAGGGCCAUGGAUUUCAUCAAACUCAGAGGAUCCGAAAGAACGUUCUCGAUAAUCAGAUGGAGGCAGCAUUACGAUUAUAUUCUGAAAAAUCAAACGGAGAAUGGAACCCAAACAUUCAAGUAAACCAGGAGAGGAAACAAGAUGUGCAGAGGAAAAUCAAAAAGAAAAUGACAUCAUUGACCAUUCUGGAUAGUAUCACCAGUAACAUUGUUUAUCCACGGCGAGCACGCUAUAGCCACAGCGCACCUAGUGACUGGGAAGGAAAAUCUUCAUAUCUCAGUGAAAUCUCCCCACCUGACAUGCCCCAUGAAGAAUUCACAAGACUUAUCUCAUCUGCUGCAAAACUUAUAGUGGCCACCACUCCGGGGAAACAUGAAAGAAGGACUAUUGAUUCAAAUAGAAAACUGUCUUCUUUAAGGCGGAAAAAUGAUCAAUAUAUUUUACCCCAUCGUCAAAAAUUUAGAAUCAACAGCAGUUUGAAGGCAAAAGAGGAUUCGUCUCGUCAUUGUGUGUGGUUGAAGAUCCCAUCCACAUUACAAGAGUCUGAUUCCAACACAAAUUCACCUAAUGGAGAACCUGCUUUUACCAGCUGUGAGGGAGAUGCAGAUGUUGGUGUUAAAAGGAAUCAAACGAGCACAGAAGCCGAUGAGACAAAAGUGAAAGAUGUAGAUUAUGAAAUUACAGUUCGCACUGGGUCCAGCCCGCCAUUGAACACAGAACCAGAACUGAUGAUCAUACUAGUUGGUAAAAAUGGUAGAACUAAGAAGCUGCGCCUUCAGAGCUCAUCAACUAAUUCUGUUCCGUUCCGCACAGGACAGGUAUUUAUUUUUAAAGUGAAAGCCAAAGACACAGGAACACCAACGCAUAUAAUAAUAGAAGGAAAAGGCACAGGUGAGCACAUUGGUGUUGGUAUUUAA